AUGGUAACACAGCUGGCACACAACCCUGCUUCUUCGGCAGGCCGGAGCAAUGCUGCUGCUACUACACCUGCGAGCCAGCUUUCCAACAUCGCAAAGUUGCUCGGGUCUCAUGUCACUCUUACCGUUGGCGACAAACAGACUCGCACCUUGUCCGGAAAGUUGUGGGCCUACGAUCCCACUCUCGGUGUGGUUGGUCUCGAAUGCGAAGCGUCGCCACUGCCAUCACAUCUGUCCUCGGCGCCUGCGGCUGCGGCCUCGGUAGCUCAAGCUUCACAGACGUCUCGCAACCGCUUCGCACAGCCUACCAACACCGUUGGAUUCGCCAUUGUAAAGGUCUCAGAGAUCAACAAGAUCGAAUUCGCACAGCAGCCUUCCGGCUCUGCGGACAGUGCUGCUGCUACCACCAAGUCACAGGCGGACAGUCUCACACAAAUCUAUCCCGUCUCGCUCAAGGCAGCUCAAUCGAGAGAGGCCGAUGCCAUCAAGCAGAGUCUCACAAAGGUAGCACGCACCGGAAAGGACGUAUCGCAGCUCGGUCAGCAGAUCUUCGAUGCCUUGAGCAAAACAUUGCCUUGUCGUUGGCACGAGUCACACAUUAUUGUCAUGGAAGAGGUUGUCAUCUCUGGCCCUGGCUACGAUCCAGCCUCCGUAAACGUUCCCGGCUAUACGCAAGAGCAGCUUCAAUCCUUCAUCGACGGUACCAACAAAGGUGCCGUGCCAGACGGUGCCCAAUCAAAGGCAAACAGCUGGCAUCGUGUCACCAAGUUGCAAGGAGAAAGGCGCAAGAUGAAUGCCGUGUAG